AUGUUCGGACGGACCGCUACUACCAGUGUUCGACAGCUAUACGCCUCGACGCCAUUCAGGAUUGUUCAGGGCGCUGAGAAGACCGCCGUCGUCACCUGCCGACGAACCUAUUCUGACUUCUCUGCGGAUGCGAGAGACACGGACUUUGUCCCCAAAUAUGUCUCGAAGCCAGAGGUCACCGCUCCUACGGCUACGCCGACAGGUCUUGAGCGGAUGCCGAACAUCAACGUCUUCAGAAAUCUCUUGUUGGGCACGAUGUUGACGUCGCCCAUUCUAUCAAAGAUUGGCUUCGGACUCUUCGGAACAGUUACCAACUCGAAGUCAGCCAUGCUCAACCCGGACAGAAACCCUGUGCUCAGGGCAAUCAUCAAACCACUCAUAUACGACCAGUUCUGUGCCGGCACGAACCCAAAGGAGAUUUUCCGUACGAGAGAUGUUACGAAAGGCAUGGGCUACGGUGGUAUCGUUCUAUGCUACGGCAAGGAGAUUCAAAUCUCCUCCACAGGCGAGGUCCAUUCGACAGGCAAAGGCAACGCCAACCAGACUCUUGAGAUCAACGCGUGGCGAGAUGGCAACCUCGAGACGCUUGACAUGACUGGCAAGGGCGAUUGGCUCGGGAUGAAGCUGACUGGUGCUGGUCCUGGUGUCACGAAGGCACUUAUGCAGAACCAGGAGCCACCACAAGAAUUCGUCGCUGCUAUGGAUGCCAUCUGCCAGAAAGCCAAAGACCAAAAUGUCAGACUAUGGGUUGAUGCUGAGCAACAGACCGUCCAGACUGCUAUUGACCGAUGGACAAUCGACUUUAUGCGCAAGUGGAACAAAGAUGGCGACGUCGUUGUCUACCAAACGAUCCAGGCAUAUCUCAAAGCAUCUCGGCCGCGACUCAUGAAUCAGCUUGCAAUCGCCGAGCGGGAAGGAUGGACAAUUGCAGUGAAGCUUGUGCGUGGUGCAUACAUUGCCAACGACCAACGAGAGUUGAUUCACGAUACCAAGCAAGACACCGACGACUCAUACAACGGCCUGGUUCACGACAUGCUUUCUGGCACCAACCUCGGCUUCACCCCAGACAAGUUUCCAAGAAUGCAGCUCAUUCUCGCCGGUCACAACCCGGAAAGCGUCGCAAAAGCCUGGAACCUCGUGCAAAGACUCUCCGAGAAGGGAACGCUCAAGGUCCUGCCUGAAUUUGUCCAGCUACAAGGCAUGGGCGAUGAACUCGGCUGCAAGGUCCUCCAACGAUGCGAUGACCUUCGCAAGCAAAAGGGCUCGGUAACAACAGGCGCUCUCACACUUGAGCAGGCCAACUCAUCCGGGCGACAGAACGCCGUUGUGCCGGCUGUCUACAAAUGCCUCACAUGGGGCAGCAUUCAGGAGUGCAUGCAGUACCUCUACCGUCGUCUGGUCGAGAACCAGGGCGGAGCCGACAGGAUGAAGGAUGGCCUGUCUGCUUACCGACAGGAGGUAUGGCGAAGACUGACACGAUCGCUCUCGUUCAGAUGA